AGUAAGUCACAUUUCUUUCUUUUGAAUCCCCAGCUUCCGUGGUCUCCAGAUUCCAGACAUAAGAUGAAAGGCUCCCGUCUUGCCUUUGGUCUUCUCUCUGUUAUGUUUUGUCUCCUCUGGGCGCCUUCGACUGGGUUCAAGACUCUCCACUUGGGAAGCUGUGUGAUCACCACAAACCUCGAGGAAAUACAAAGCGGUUUCUCCAAGAUUCGGGACACUGUGCAAGCCAAAGAUGAAAACAUUGACAUCAGAAUCUUAAGGAGGACCGAGUCUUUGCAAGACACAAAGCCUUCAGCUCGGUGCUGCCUUCUCCGCCAUUUACUGAGACUCUACCUGGACAGGGUUUUCAAAAAUUACCAGACCUUUGACCAUAAUACCCUCCGGAACAUCAGCAGUCUCGCCAAUUCCUUUCUUACCAUCAAGAAGGGCCUCCGGCUUUGUCAUGCCCGCAUGACAUGCCGUUGUGGGGAAGAAGCAACGGAGAAAUAUAGCCAGAUUCUGAGUCACUUCGAAAAGCUUGACCUUCAAGAAGCAGUGGUGAAGGCUUUGGGGGAACUAGACAUUCUUCUGCGAUGGAUGGAGGAGACAGAAUAGGAGUGACGUGAUGAGGCGGCUGAGAAUACUCCUGAGCAGGCAUCCUAGUCCCCUGGACCACAGAGACAUGACCCCAAGCUACGAUAUCUUUGCCAUAUAAUUUAGUGCUGGUCACGGUGUAGAUUAUUUAUUCAUUAGUUAUUUCCUUAUGUGGUCAUCUUUAUGUGUCCCUAAUCUUAAUUUGGACCAAAAUCUUAUAAGAUAUUUGUAAUAUCUCUUCUGCCGUUAGAUAUAUUUAUUAAUUAAUUAAUUAUUUAUUUUUUUGCUGUUGAGCUUAUUUAUUUUUCGACUUGAAUAUGAGAUGGAAAAACAUUCCCAGGCUAUAUUUAUAGCUUGACUAAGGCAGGUGAUGUAUUUUCAUACUGUCAACAAAGCCUCUCAAUUCUAAGAGUGGCUGGAGGGGCACUAAGGACAUAUCUACUCACUGCCAAUGCCAAUGUGAGAUAUUUAAAAUUGAACCAAUAGCCACUAUUGUGUGGUAUGGAAGAUCUUCUGAUGAAACUGCAGAUCUGUCUUUACAAUACUGAGCACUCCAACCUGACUCCAACCCAUAUAGUGUACCUUCCAGGUGUGGAAUCCUGCAUGGUCAACAUGUAGUUGUGUUAAUAAA